AUGCUGGAGUCAUUAGCAACGACAUUAUUGAAUAGACUACUAGGGUCUUAUGUCGAGAAUUUCGAUCCUGCCCAAUUGAAAAUGGGGAUAUGGAGUGGAGAUGCAAGAUUAGAAAACUUAAAAUUAAGGAAAGAUUGUCUAGAUCGUUUAGAAUUACCAAUAGAUGUUAAAUAUGGUGUCCUAGGGAAACUUAUCCUUAACGUGUCAUGGUCAAACUUGAAAAAUAAACCUGUGAAAAUAUCUAUUGAAGAUUGUUAUUUCAUUUGUUCCCCAAGAACAAAAUUGUCCUAUAAUACUCAAGAACAGAUUGAAAGAGACUUAAGAUUAAAACUAAGUAAAUUGGCUGAAUGGGAAUUAGCUAAUAGAGUCAAAUCAUCAAAUGAUAGUCAACCAUCUUCGUCAUCACAGCAGCAACAAAAUAAUAAUGAUACAUCUUUUACUCAAUCAUUGGUUACGAAAAUCAUUGACAAUUUACAAGUAACUAUUAAAAAUAUUCAUAUAAGAUAUGAAGAUAUGGAUUCGGUAUUUAGCAAAGAUCCAUGCGCAUUUGGAUUGACUUUGAAACAACUUUCAGCAGUUUCCACUAAUGAAGACUGGGAACCAAGCUUUAUCGAAUUGACACAAAUUAUUACACAUAAACUUUUAACUUUAGACAGCUUUUCUGCUUAUUGGAAUACAAACGCAACUUCAUUAUUAGAAGAUGAAAUGAUCCCAGAAAUAACUUUCGAAAACUUGAAAAGUGAAAUUUCAAAUAAUACCUCUACUAAUUCUGAAAAUAACUCAGAAACAGAUAAUCAACGAAUAUCAUACAAUGAAUAUUUACUUAAUCCUAUCGACGCUGAAGGGAAAUUAAUAGUUAAUAAAGCAGGUACCACAAAGGAAAGACCACAUACUGAUUUGGAACUAUCAUGUAACGAGUUUGGUGUUUCUUUAAAUGACUCAGUUUAUGCUUCCUUGCUAUACUCUAUAACCGAAAUACAUCUGAAUUCAAUUACGCAAAAAUAUAAAGUCAAUAGACCAGAAUAUUCUGUUGAUGAAAAUCCAUCUGGUUGGUUUAAAUACACUGCAUUAUGUAUUCUUCAAGAAAUUAAAGAAAAGAAACAAAUGUGGACUUGGGAUAAUAUUAAGAAGAAAGGUGAGCAAAGAAGAGCUUACGUUGAUUUAUGGAUUGAAAAAUUGAAAUUGAAAUCAAUCGACAACACCUUACCUGAUAUGGAAAAGGAAAACCAGUUACAAGAACUACAUAAACAAUUGAAUUAUGAUGAAAUUGUAAUGUUUAGAUUAAUUGCGAAAAGAAGAUAUGCCAAGGAAAAGUUAGAAAAUGCUGAUUCAGGUGAUUCAACUGCAGUGACUGAUGCGUCUCAUGGAACAAAGGGUAGAUGGAUAUCUUCUUGGUGGAGCGGUAAUGCUAACGAACCGGCUACAGACUUGAUUAUAUCAGAAGAAGAAAAGAAAGAACUUUACGAUACUAUUGACUUCAAAGAAAAUCAAACACCAUUAGCGGAUAUUCAGAUCCCUAGGGAUUGGACAACAUUCAAGUUAACUGGUAUAUUGAACAAAGGGUUUUUUGCUAUUAAACGACAGUCAUUCGAGGUUCCAUUAGGUGAAAUUAUUUUUGAAAAUUGUGAACUAAACUUUCUACAGAGAUUGGAUUCUUUCAAGACAUCAUUCAAGUUACAAGAAUUCAAAUUAAAGGACGGUUCCCCUAAUACCCUUUAUAAAUAUAUUAUAUCUGCUAAAGAUAUCACUAAAUCUGAAGACGACAGUGAUAAUGAGGAAUCUAGUGGACAACCAUUAUUGGAUGCAACGUUUGAAUCGAAUCCACUGGAUGGGAUUGCCCAUUCAAAUUUGAACAUCAAACUUCGUGGUAUGACAAUAUUCUAUCAUGUUCAUUUUCUCACAGAAGUAAUAAACUUUUUUACCCCACCAAAACAGCAUUUGGAGUCAAUGGUGGCCUUGUUAGGGGCUGCUGAAUCAACCAUCGGGUGGACGAACCAAUCAAGAAUGGGAAUAGAGACAAUAUUAGAGGAGCAUAAAACGGUUAACUUAAUGCUUGACUUACAAUCACCAUUAGUUGUCGUACCGUUAGAUCCACAUGUUUGGGAAACUCCUUGCGCAAUUAUUGAUGCAGGUCAUAUAUCCGUUGCCAGUCAAGUUGUUCCCAAGAAUAAAAUAAAUGAACUAAAAGAUAUGGAGGCAGAAGAAUAUGAAAGAAUGGAUGCUAAUGAGAUAAGUAGAUUAAUGUACGAUCGUUUCAAAGUUAGCUCUCAAGAUACUCAAGUAAUUAUUGGAUCCAAUUUACAAUCAUUAUUGUCUUCUUUAAACGAUCAAGAAACUCUAGACAACCUAAAUAUUCUGAAAAAGAUGUCUUUGGAUAUUAUUCUAGACACUUUGAUAUUGGGCAAAGCUCUUCAAUUACCAAAGCUUCGUUUAUCAGGUCACCUUCCAAAAUUACUUCUCUCUCUGAAUGAUUAUCAAUAUAAAAUGAUGUUACAACUUCUAGAUAAAUGCGUCUUGUCAUUGUUUGACUACAACAAAGAAAGUGAUUAUACAACUCCUAUUGUCAAUGUGGAUGAUGUGGAGGCUGCAGAACAAUCACGUCUUAAUGAUUCCUUACAGGCGCUCAGUACGAUGUCUGAGUUGGAAAUAUUACAGAAGAUGAUUGAAAUCCAGUUCAAAGUUGAUUUCAUCCAAAUUUCUUUAUUGAAGUGUACUACUCCAGAAACGAUGGGCUGCAACAAACUAAUUGAUGUUAUUGGGAAAAGUUUAAAUUUUACAUUCUCCAAAAAUAUCAAAGGUAUCAAUUUGGUUACGACUGUUCAUUCUUUGACCAUUGAAGAUUUCAUCGAGAGAAGUGAUAAUCCAGAAUUCAAAUAUCUAGUCUCUUCAGAUUCAGAUAAUAUAUCUACUAAAAGUAACCAUCUAUUUACUCUCCGAUACAAAAGAGUGGGAAGAAUAGUUUCAUACAACAGUAAAUUAAUUGAAGUCUUUGAUCAAGAUGUUAAUAUGGACAUGAAAAUGCUUAAAUUAAUAUUGACUCCCAAGUCAUUGUUGACGUUACUUAACUUCGCCAUCUUUACGUUUACAGAUCCAAACGCACCCGAGAUACCCGCCGAUAUGCUAAGACACAACUCAGAAGAUACAGAACUUGGCCCACAAAAAAUAAAUCUGCAGUUAAACAUGGAAGGUAUGUUAAUUAUUUUCAACGACGAGUCUAUCAAAUUAGCAACAUUAACCCUAUCCGCGGGUUCCUUUGAAAUGUAUUUACUACCAGAAAGUAUGAACCUCAAUCUUAAAUUAGAUGGGUUUGAGCUGACUGAUGAGUUGAAUGAGAGUUUUGAGCGGACUUCUGUAUUUAGACAAUUAGUUUCAAUGGAUGGUAAGAACUUGGCCGAAUUGAAUUAUCAGACUUUUGAUUCUGCCACGAAUGAAAAGGAUUAUAAUUCUUUUUUAAAACUUGUGACUGGUUCCAUGCAUGUAAAUUUCAACGAAUCGUCAUUCCAAAAGUUAAUGAAUUACUUCUAUAAAUUUCAGAAAAUGAAAACGUUCUUCGAUAGUGCUAGACAAGCAGCUUAUAAUCAGGCGCCUUCAAUCGAAACUGUCAAUGAUAUGAAAAUGGAUAUUUUAAUAAGCGCACCGUUAAUUCGGUUUCCAAAAAUAUCUAAUAAUGGGCCCAAUAAUGAAAUUGACGUUUUCGAGAUCUAUUUAGGUGAAUUUUUUGUCAAGAAUAACUUUAUCACAAAUGCAGCAAAAGUGAAAACCAAUAAUAUCCGCACAGGAGUUCGAGAAAGUAGGAUGUCUUCAAUACUAAAUCUUACAAAUGGGGAAGAACAGCACUUAUAUAUGGUCCAUAACAUGGCAUUAAUAUUUGACAUUAUCCAUUCCCAAGGUGUGGGUGAGAAUCUUACAAAAUUUAAUAUUUCGAGUUAUUUCGACCCAUUAGAAAUCAAGGCCACAGAAUUACAGCUUGCAUAUUUAGUUAACGUUAUAAACGCUGUCCAAAAUACCUUCACAGCUACCGACGAUACUGUGAUCAAUUCCCCUGAGGAAAGCUUUUACGCCAAUGUUGACGAAGGUAUAUCAAGUUCUGCAGAUAUUAAUGAUAAUACGCCAUCAUUAUCCACCCAACCUGCCAUGGAAGAAACGAAGAAAGAUAUCGAGUUCCAUUUUACUGCGCCAGAAAUAGCAUUGACAUUUUUUGAGAAAACUCAAGAUAAUGUAACAGUGGAUGACUGUAGCUUGACGAAGAUUAUGCUUCAAGAUAUAGGUGUAGCCCUUCACCUAACGCCAGACAGUGAACUAAAGGGGACAUCACAUAUUACCUCAUUCACAUUGGAGGAUACAAGAAAUAUCGAAGGUAAUCAUUACAGACAGUUGAUUCAAAAGUCAUCAGAGCAAACACAUCAGUUUUUUGCCAAUAUAUCGAGACAACGGAUAGAAAAUGGGAUGCUAACGAGUAUAUUUUCCACCAUCAGUAGCCCAAAGUUUAUUCUGGCAAUGGAUCAUGUCAUCGCACUAAAGAAUUAUGUAAACUCCGUCAAUAAGUUGACUACUUCUGAUGUUCACAAGCAAAUAAAGGUAGAUUAUGAAUCGAACAAUAUGCUUGAGAUAGAAGAAUCAUCAUCUCCUUCAAAUGAUAAAUUCCAGUACUCAAUUAAUAUUAUCGACACAUCAGUUAUUUUAUUAGCAGAUCCUACUGAUAUCGACUCAGAUGCUGUUGUGUUUAGCGUUGGACAAUUCUUGUUGGCUGCUCAGAAUCUCACAAACAUUUCUGCAAAUAACGUCGGUCUCUUCUUAACUAAGCUGAAUUCUGAAGAUGAUUAUAAAUUGAGAGUGCUAGAUGACUUUUCUUCUUCCUUAACAAUCGAUCAACGAGAUUCCACUGCCGAAAAGCUUUUGACUCUAAUCAAUUUUUCAAUAGAACCACUUAUUAUGCGUAUCUCUUUGAGAGAUAUUAGGCUAGCUAUGUCGAUUUUUAAUAGAGCAGUAUCCUUAUUAGAGGAGAAGACAGCAGAUUCGGAACAGGCAAUUGUGAAGGAAGAGGAACCGAUCUACGAACAUUUCUCGAAAGAAUUUGAAAGGAAAUUGUCUAAAUAUGCACCGAGUCUUUUAAGCUCUAUUAGCUCCAUAUCCAAACCUAAAAUUAAACCGGCCGCGCCAGAUAUAAUUUUGAGAGCGGAAAAGUUUGAAGGUGACAUUGGAGGGUUGAGAUUGAUAUUGAUGGGAGACGUCCACGAAAUGCCCAUUUUUGAUUAUAAUGUAAAUUCAUUUACCAUUUCAGCCAAAGAUUGGUCCACCGAUCUUGAUGCUAUAUCCACUUUUGAAACUUAUGUUAAUGUAUUUAAUUACUCCAGGUCAAGUUGGGAACCAUUGGUAGAGGCUAUCCCAAUAUCUAUACAUUUAUCAAAGGGUGUCAACCAGGAAGCUUCCCUGAUAUUAGACGUCAUAUCCAGGAAAAUAGCAGAUGUUACUUUAUCCUCGAGGUGUAUAUCCAUGUUGUCGCAAAUACCGCGUUCUUUAACGGCGGAUGUUGAUUUGACAUCAAGAGGUUUACAAAAACCCUACUUACUGAUCAACGAUACAGGGUUUGAUUUAUCAGUGUGGAUAAAAGCAACGCAAAAUACAGAGCGAAAUGGUUCAACAGUCCUAAAGAAUGGAGAAAGACUACCUUGGGAGUUUGAAGAUUGGAAGAACAUCAGAGAAAAAUUGGAUACAGAUAACAAGAAGAGCGUAUUGGGCGUUUCCAUUUUAAAUUCCAACUAUACAACCACUUUAUCGAUCGAUGCGACAUAUGAAGGAGAAUUGUUACAUUUAUUGAAACCUGCGGUAAAUCAUGUCCAUAACAGGAUCAUUACAGAGCUAAAAUGUGCUGAAGAUAAUAUCAAGAUGAUUACAUUUAGAUCAACCAUGCUUUUGGAAAACAAUACACACACUGGAUUUGAAGUCUUAGUGGAAGAUACAACAAAUGGCGAAACGAUAACCUUAUCCAUUGGAACUUCCGAGAGUCGCUCAAUCCCAGUGAAUGUCGUAUAUAAUGCUAACAUUCGCAUAAGACCUAUGUCCAGUAUCAAUUUUGAAUGGUCCAAAAAGAAAGUUACUUGGCGAGACUUACUAGAUAAACCGGUGUCAUUCCGCUGUAUCUCAAAAGACGAUGCCUCUCAAAGCUUUUUUGUUGAGUUGAAUGGGAAGUUUGAUAGUAACGAACCGUUGGCUAAAAUAUAUCCUCAUAUGAGAGUUACUAUUUCUCCUUCUUUGAUAAUCGAGAAUCUACUACCAUGUGAUAUAAACUUUUGUCUCUUUAGUAAAAAAGAAGAUAUGAAAACGUUUAAAUUCUUAAAGGAGAAGGAAGAAACAUAUAUUCAUCAUGCUUCACUUGAUGACUUUUUACUUCUUUCUGUGCAGCCGCUCCUUGAAAACAAUCCACUUUCUAAAUCAUCGAUCGUUAAUACACCUCUCAAGAGCGCUUUGAAACCUGAAAACAUUUUAUCUUUAGUCUUAGAUAAUGGUCAAUCACUCCAACUCGUAAUUAAUUAUCAGACCCUAGAAGGGACGAGGACAAAGCUGCUAAGGAUAUAUUCACCUUAUAUUAUCCUGAAUCGAACAGAUCGAGAUCUUUAUAUUCAACGGGAUCUCUCCAAUAUUGCCCAAUCUAAGAUAACGGAUGAGGAAGGUAAACGUAAGAGUGCUCCUAAAAUGUUUUCUUUUGAGCAACUGCACAAUAAAAAUAAUCGAGCAAUGAUCAAAUUUAGAGAAACAGAAUGGAGUAUUCCGUUAUCCUUUGAUGCAGUUGGACAAACAGUUGACACAACUCUGGCGAUUACCAAUAAAGAACAAGAAUACAACUUAGGACUGAAUAUUACAGAGGGUCAUGGUGCCUUUGCCUUGAGUACCAUUAUCGAAGUCACCCCGCGAUUCAUAUUUAAAAAUGGCUUGUCAAUACCAAUAGAAAUUUGCGAAGCUGGCUCUGUUAAUAUACAAGUUGUUGAACCACAACAAAUUAGCCCUCUUUAUAAGUUGAGAAAUGUCCUGAACAAAAAGAUCUGUAUUAAAUUAGUCGGGCAGUUAUCAGAUUGGUCCCCUUCCUUUUUCAUUAAUGAUAUUGGGAUUACUUAUUUGAAAGUCCUUCAAGAAAAUAAUACGCAUAUGUUAUUAAAAAUUGAAAUCGUUUUACAAGGAGCCACUGUCUUUAUCCAACUAAAAGACGGGGAUAACAAAUGGCCUUUUUCAAUUAGGAAUUUCAGUGACUAUGAAUUUAUCUUUUAUCAAAGAGAUAUUAAACUCAUCGAUGAUUAUUAUGAAAAUGAUCCAUCUGAAGAUGUUACAGAUACAGAAUAUACACCUUUGUAUUACCGCGUUCCACCAAGAAGUGUAAUGCCUUAUGCAUGGGAUUAUCCAGCAGCCAGACAGAAAAAAGUCAUUAUUACAUCCCGGGGACGUAAGCGUGAGAUACAGCUUGCUGAAAUAGGUAAUUUGAAACCAAUGAGACUCCCAGGAGGAGUUGCCACAGAGGCACCUGUAAUUGUAGACCUAAAUGUUGUAGCAGAUGGCCCAACACAGGCACUUGUUAUAACAAAUUAUAAUCCAGAAGUCAGCUUGUAUAAGGAACGCUCCCAACAAGCCUCUUCGACUUCAUUAAGUAGUUCAAACGAAGGCUUUGAAGCCGAUGAUGAGGAUAAGAAUAUUCGAACCAAGGUGGUUAUUCAAUUUGAGGGUAUUGGAAUUUCGUUGAUUAACGACAAACUACAAGAAUUACUAUACAUCAAUGCUAAAGGUAUCGAAUUUAGAUAUAACGAAUCUGAUCUGUAUAACACCUAUAGUUGGAAACUAAAAUGGCUACAAAUCGAUAACCAGCUCUUUGGAAGUGUCUUCCCUAAUAUAUUAUUUCCUACUGCUAUACCAAAUACGGAAAGAGAUAUGGAAAAUCACCCAGUGUUUUCCGGUUCAAUAUCGAGAGUGAAAGAUGAUACGCAUGGUGUCCCAUAUUUCAAGCACGUUACAUGCUUACUACAAGAAUUUAGUAUUUGUUUAGAUGAAGAUUUUAUCUAUGCCUUAAUUGAGUUUGGCAGGUUUCCCGGAGCCCCGUGGGAUAAAGAACCUGAAGAAGAAGAUUUCUCUAGUUUACUUGAAUUGCCACAACCCAAAGAUAUAGACGUCGCUGAUGAUAUUUAUUUUGAGAUAUUCCAUAUUCAACCUACUUUAUUGCAUUUAUCUUUUGCAAGAACAGAGAGGCUAAAUACAGCAAAUGAUCAACCUACAGAAUUGGGUUCACUGUUCUUUAUCAAUAUGUUAACGAUGGCGAUCGGGAAUGUCAAUGAUGCCCCUAUCAAAUUGAACUCUUUAUAUAUGGAUAAUGUAAGAGUCCCACUUCCCGUGUUGAUUUCAUCGAUGAAAACACAUUAUAGUCAACAGUUUUUUUAUCAAAUCCAUAAAAUAUUAGGAUCUGCAGACUUUUUAGGAAAUCCAGUUGGCUUAUUCAAUACUAUUAGUUCUGGUGUUUGGGAUUUAUUUUAUGAACCUUAUCAAGGGUAUAUGAUGAACGAUAGACCACAAGAAAUAGGUAUCCACUUAGCAAAAGGAGGAGCUAGUUUUGCCAAAAAGACCGUUUUUGGGUUAUCUGAUAGUAUGGCCAAAUUAACAAGUUCAGUUGCAAAAGGUUUAUCUGUGACACAAGAUUCAAGUUUCCAAGAAGCGAGAAGGUUACAACAAAGAAUAAAUAGUAAUAGUAGGAGCGUAUUUGCCACCUCAGCUCAAUCAUUUGCAACAACGCUUGGCAGUGGGUUUAGUGGAGUGGCUUUAGAUCCAUAUAAAGCAGCACAGAAGGAAGGUGCAUCUGGAUUCUUCAAGGGAUUAGGGAAAGGUUUAAUUGGACUACCGACUAAAACAGCCAUCGGAUUCCUCGAUCUGACAAGUAAUUUAAGCCAAGGUGUUAAGAGUACAACAACUGUGUUGGAUUUACAAACAACAAAUCGUAUUAGAUUACCAAGAUAUGUAGACUAUGAUCAAAUUAUUAGAUGUUAUCGUCUCAGGGAUGCUCAAGGACAGUAUUGGCUCAAGACAGCUAACGGUGGUUUGUUCAUGAAUGACCGUUACUUGGCCCACGUUAUUCUGCCCGGUAAGGAAUUAGUUGUAAUAAUCUCAAUGCAGAGAAUUGCCGAAAUCAGAUUAGCUACACAAGAAGUCAUGUGGAGUACAUCCUAUCCAUGUAUCCAAGGUAUUACCUUAGAACGAGAUGGUAUUUAUAUCAAGUUAAAAUCUCAAAGUGAAUACUUUAUUCCCAUUUCCGAUUCAUCCGUGAAGAAAUCAAUUUACAAGAACAUAAGCACAGCUGUCAUUGAAUAUAAUAAAUCAUGCGAAGCUGUUUUAUGA